ACUGACGGUUGUUUAAACCAAUCAAUCCCAGAAGCCUUCCAGGGUCUUGUCCAAUCGGAAAAUAGAAGGGCAGUUGUAGUCUCGGUAUUUGAAAAGGGGCUGUCCAAUGAGGCGGAGUUUGAGAGGGUUAGUCGAGUGAUUGAUAACUCCGCCGACCAAUGAGGAUUACUAUCUCUCUCGCCUCAGAAAAACCUUCAUAACUACGCCUCCAGCCGGAUAUGUACAUAAUAACGUGAGAAUUCAUGACUUUUUAAAUAAAAUCAUUUGGUUUUGAAACCGGAGGUCUUAAAACCGAAGACUGGCACUCCUCAGAGUCUCACAACGGACAACUCGCAGCCGGUUGCAGGACAAAAGUCCCGUAUACAGGGAGGCGUCACCCCUGGGCAAGCCUGGCCGCUGCUCAUUGGCCCCACUGUCCUCCUGACAGACGUCCUCCCAGCCAACGGCCCCUCGCUGGAGGCGGGUCCCAUAGAGGGGGCCUAUAGGCGUCUGCGUCGGCUCAACCAAUAGAGUCAAGGCAGGGGGCGUGGCGGGAGGUUUGAAACUCGGCCUAGAGAGUUGAGCCUCGAGCUUCUGUGAAUCCCAAAGAGGAAUUGGGGCCCGGCUUUUCCUCGCCCCGGGCCGGGCCCCGCCCCGCCCCACCUUAUUUCUCCUGGUGGAGAUGGGCUCAGCCAAGAGCUCCCCGGUCACUCCGGCGCGGCCUCCGCCGCACAACAAGCUUCUGGCCCGAGUGGCGGACCCCCGGUCACCUAGUGCCGGCAUCCUGCGCACUCCCAUCCAGGUGGAGAGCUCUCCACAGCCAACCCUACCAGCAGGGGAGCAGUUGGAGAGUCCUAAUGAGGCCCAAGGCUCAGAUCCUCGCUCUCCUACCCUUGGCAUUGCACGGACACCUAUGAAGACCAGCGGCGGAGAGCCCCCAGGCCCACUGGCGAAACAGCUGAAUGAAGUCUUUGAGACAGAAGCCUCCAAAUCGAGUCUUCCCCCAGAGUCCAUUCUGCCCCUAGAGGCAAUUUCAUCUUCUGAAUUGGACUUGCCUCUGGGCACCCAGUUUUCCCUCGAGGACCAAAUGCCACUGUGGAGCCAGGCUGAGCUCCCCUCCAAGGAGGAAGCAGGACAGCCCUCACACACACCCACGGCCAGCCAGGGCUCAGACAGGCCCUUAAAAGACCCUGAGACCCCCCGAUCUUCAGGUUCUAAGCACAACAGACGGAAAGCAAAUGGCAAGGUACUAGGGAGAUCUCCCCUCACCAUCCUGCAGGAUGACAACUCCCCCGGAACUCUGACACCACGACAGGGCAAGCGGCCUCCUCCCCUGAGCGAGAAUGCUAGGACACUGAAGGAGGGGGCCAUCCCGGGAACUGGACGACUUCUGGAAACCGGAGGCCGCGUGUGGGAGCAGGGCCAGGACCAGGACAAGGAAAAUCAGCACUUUCCAAACUUGGUGGAAAACUAGGCUGUGUGUGACCCCUGCGCCAGAUUCACCGGGGCCUGGUGGUGUUGUGUCCUCACCGCCCCUGCUUUCCCUGGGGGACUGGAAAGGCUCGUCUUCGACUUCGCCUAAAUUACCAACUUGGGGACUGAGCACUUUCUUAGGCUUUAUCUGUGUCUCUUGUUUCUUGUAUAUUAAAGAAAGUGAUUUUAAAUUA